AGCUGGCGUAGCGGGAAGUUCUCAACUCAUUUUCCGUUCCACAGCGCCUAUUCGUGACGAUUCAACGUUAAAAAGGCCGAAACGCGUUUCUUCGACAACUCAUAUCUAGUUUCUGGCAGAAAAGUUUUCUUGCCGAAGACAUAAACUGAGAAGUGCAACCUUUGUGCUGUCUGAAAGUUUUCAGAAGACUCAUCAGUCGUCGGUGUUCAGUGUGUGAACCUCUCUGUGUUCCUCUUGAACAGGAUUAAACUAGUUGAAUGUUCACUUGAAUAUUCAGCUGAAUAUAAGAAAAACUGUGACAUAAAAAGUGAUACCUGUGAUAAGGUACUUGUGACAACAGUUCUUCGCCACUUUUUGUGAGUACAAUGACGUUCUUGUCAUGUCUUUGUGCGUUUCCUCCAGUUCAACCGUAACUGACUUAGUCAGUUGAUUCUUCAUAUUUGUGGUUCUAAAAAGCCUUCAAGCUGUUUUACUCGUGGGGAAGAGAGGCUGUGGACAACGCCUCCUUUUCGGAUACUGUGGAUCUGCUCUCGCAGGAAUUUCCUCUUGGCGAUUCAUCCGUUCUUCUUGGUUCUCUGGAUAGGCUCGACUAUGUGCCGCCAGCUGCUGCGCCCACAGAUGUUGGUUUUCCUGCCGGACCGUCUGAAAAUGCAGGGCUCGGUCCAUGUGAGCUCCAAGAUCCCGGUUGGGCUAAGAUGAACUCAUUGUCUGGAGCUAAUAAGAGGAGGAAAAAGUCUGAAACUAAACCUCAGGCUCAAAUUAAUAAGUGUAAUAAUGAGAAGCGUCGUCGCGAACAAGAGAACAUCUACAUAGAGGAACUAGCAGAACUGAUCUCAGCCAACUUCGCGGACAUGAGCUCGCUGUCGGUAAAGCCGGAUAAGUGCGCCAUCUUACAAGAAACCGUCAACCAAAUACGUAACAUAAAGCAACAAGAGAACGCAGUCCAGUCUUCUGACCCCGUGCAGCAGGGUGAAGUGUCAUCGUCGAGGCCAACCAUCUUAUCGAACGAGGUGUUCGGACCCCUCCUUCUGGAAGCUUUAGAAGGGUUCCUUUUCGUGGUGAACAGUGAAGGGAGGGUAGAGCAAGUGACGGAAAACGUAACAAACUAUAUAAAGUUCACUAAAGAAGACAUUCUCGGUAAAAGCAUCUACAAUUUCAUCCACCAUGGAGAUCAUGCCAAGUUCAGUUCGAGUUUGCUGCCCAUGUCUAUAGCAUGGGGCAACGAGCUGACUAACAAAUCGCGAUCGUUCACCAUAAGGCUCUUGGUCAAGCCGCUGGAAGACGUAGACGAAACUGUGGAGGAGAAACAACAGCGCCUCUGCCAGUACGAGUGGAUGAAUAUUUUGAGUGCCCCGCUGGUGGAUCAGCUGGCGCUUGGUGACGAAGAAGGGGGUGAUAACGGACCUUGCCUACUGUGCGUGGCCAGCAGAAUAUCCCACAAAGAUAAGACUAUCACCGACGUAGAGCAAUUCACUACGAAGCUCGACACGUCGGGUAAAAUCAUUGGCGUAGACACCUCGGGGGUGUCGCCUGCCCAUUGCCAAUUCAUUAGUAAAGAUCUGACAAAUAGGGUUUUUAAAGAGUUGGUCGCACCUCAGGACGUCCACAAGCUCGUCUCUCAUUUGAAAGAGACUCUCACUACCGGACAGGCGCCCAGCGUGCUCUAUAGACUGCAGUUCGGGCCCGACAAGUUCAUUCAAGUGCAAACGAAAUCCAAAUUGUUCAAAACGAGUUCGCACGCUUCAGAAUCCGAUUUUGUGAUGGCCACUCACACAAUUCUUGGAGAGAGCGACUCUCUAGGACCAUCAGAUCCAGGUGGUGGCAACAGCAACAGCAGCCUCGGUGGCCCCCUCAUGACCAGCGCGGUGAACGGAUCAAGAAACACUGCCCCCGUUGGAGUUGGCUCAGAUAACUCCACCACCUCAUCCACCAACACCCUCCUGAACACCACCUCGGCCACCUACACCACCUUCAACAUCGAUAACGACUUCAAUUUCGACAUGUUCCCAUCCUCCACGUGGGAGCUGGACUCCACCAGCUGGCAAGAGCCUAGGCCUGAAUCUAGACAGAGCAACACGCCGGUCUCCACGCCCACACCUCGACCCCCGAGCAACCCUGCCUUCAGCCCCGUCACCUCCUUGGCUCAGAGCCCCAUGGCGAGCUUCGUGGCUCAGCCCAGCCCCACCAUUCCGAACCCGCCGACUCCGGCAAACUCCUACAACAACAACUUCUCCUUCAGCCCCAUAACCGAACAAAAUUACGCGAUGGAAGAGCAGAAAGAUUCCAAAGUGAAUGUGUUGGAGGAGGCUACGAGUAUGAUGUCCAACUCCACCAAACUGAGAUCUUUAUUGUCUAAACCUCCGAACACGCCUGUUGUAGAUUCUGCUAACGAUAACGACAGCAGGAACAAGAAUCGCAUAUUGAAGGGUCUGUUGAAUCAGCAGGAUGACGACGAUUGCAGGAACGACAACAGGACCAGUCCCAGGGGCUUGGUGAGCAGGGGAGCGAUGCCGGGCACCUCUGGAACUGCGGAGUUAGCCAAAAAUUCGAACUCCAUGACUGCGGGAAGGAACAACGCAAUGUUGCUCGAACUACUUAACGAUAAAAGCGAUGACGAUGAUCUCGAAGCUCGCAGUGGCGUGAAGAAGAAGAGUGAAUUGCUAGAGCAUUUGCUUAAAACAGAGAGGAAUGAUGAGGGUGACGACAAGAAAGAUCAGUCCCAUGAUGAUACACUCCUCAGGAGUUUGGGAUUCACAAGUUCUCCCUCUCCUCCUGGAUCAAGGAAGAGACCAAGCGACGGAGAGGAUAGCGCUAGCAAAAGGAGCAAUUCAGAUGGAGCGGUAACAUCAUCUGGCAGUGAGUUAUGCAGAAGGAAUCGCAUGCUGGUAUCUCUACUGGCAAAGCAGUCACCCAACCCUCCACAACCUAUCCCACCAAUACCUGCCAGCGUUCUUCACGCAACACCCCAAGAAAAACUGCCCAAAAUAGUCGAUCCCAAUUUGACGAAAAACUUGAACAACAGGACAGUGAAUUCGCAAACUCUCCAGCAACAGCAAGUUCAACAAGUACAACAACAGCUGCAACAGCAAGUUCAGCAACAACAAAUGAUGAAUAAUAGACUGACAAGAAUGCCUAGCCGCCCACAAACCAGCUACCUCAACGCCAUGUUAUCCCCUCAGAACAACAUGCAACAACGAAACGACAACAGAUUAUCUCAGGCACUUUCCGGUGGUUGUUACACAUCUCCCAACAAUGCCUCUUCUCUGGACAACAACAACUCUUGGUCCGAAAACAACAAUAUCCAGAGCUCAAACGAUCCAGAUCUAUCUGAAAUUCUUGAUCAGGUUAUGGAUAUUGUACCUGAUAGUAUCAUGCAGAUUUUGGAAUUGGACCCUCAGCAUAACAGCUAUCAGAAUUCGGAAAUAAGCGAGAAAAUGGCCAUCAACAUCAUCCAAAACUCGCUGAUGCAAAUGGAAAGUUUGAUGAAGAAGCCAGCAUCGCCUAACGUUUCAAUAUCUGGAACGCCCCCAGCUUACUCAUCUGUUACGCUAUCGAAUCAAAACAGUCAAAAUAGAGGUUUCCCCCCUCCUCCCAAUUACCCACAGCAGGGCUACAAAAUUGGUCAGAGAGUGGUAAGAAACCCCAAUUAUCCACUUGGCGGCACUGCUAUCAAUCCUCAGCAGCUUUUGAUACAUCAGCAACGUAAGGCGAUGGCUCAACAACAGGAAAAGAAACGAUUACUGCAACAACAGCAGCAACAACAGUUACUCAUACCGCCCAACGCAACUGCAGCUGAAAUCAACAGCGGCAUUCAAAACAUUGAUAGUUUAUUGAACAACACUGUCGCACCAAACGUAACCCUGCAACGUUCAUCGAGUAUUCCAGAGCCUCAGUCAUCACCAAACUACAACCAAAUCACUCAGGCAUCAAGAGUGAGCAACCAGCAGCAGUUUUCGCCGCAUUCACAACUCACUUCACCGAUUCAGCAGAAUUUCCAGCAGAGUACUGCAGGGAAUUUCCAACAGAAUACUGCCAGAUUAUCACCUCAGUCAGCUUUCAAUCAGCAACACUCGCCUAGGCAAGCCUACCCACAAGGGACAGCUCCGAAUGCUAAUUGGGCACAGCAGGCAAGAUUGGCUGCUCAAAAUCCAAUGCUCAACGCCCAGCUCACAAGAGCACCUCAACAGAGGACUAUGAACAGUCCAGGGAACAGGCACUCGCCCUUUUCAACAGACUCUUUCCCUCCACCUACCUCGCCCAAUUCUGUCUUCACCCCAAACCAGUACCUGAGAGGAGUGCAACGUACUAAUAACACACCAACUGCCACUACUCACCUUCCAGGUGGCCUGGGCUCCCCCCGGCCAUAUGGCAGGGCAGAUCAUCACCCCCAUCCCUAUUCCUCUAUCCCCCCACAACCGCCAUCUCAUCACCCCAUGAUGUACCAACAAGAUGCCCAAUACUGUUAUGAUCAGACGGGUUUACAUUUAGCGUACAAUGGAGCCGACCGAGGUCGAGCCCCCCCUCACCUCCACCCCGGUGUGUCGGGGAGUGGACCUACUUCAGAAUUUGUAAGGCAGGAAUUGCGUGCAGUUGUAGGAGCCAGAACACAAGGACAGGCGCCGCAGCAGAACCGGCAAGCCCCUCAGCAGCAGAUACUCACUCAACAACAGCAGGUUGCUGAUCUGGAGGUUCUUGGACUGACUUACGAAAGUGGUGCGAGUGAUAGCCCGAAGCUCUGGUGUGCUCUGGGUUCAGACAUGGGCUCACUGUCUCCACAGCAGGCAACCUCCAGGAAUACUAUGGAAGAGGCUCUGCAAGGUGAUCAUAAAUCUUCAGCACCGCUACUGCAGAAAUUAUUAUCGAGCGACUGCCAGUUGUAAAUAAAGAUAGAAAUAUACACUACUAGGUACCUCAUCGGUUCUGUACCACCAGGCUGUAAAUUUUGACAGGUUAGCUGUAUCAAAGUGCAUUACUACGUUGCUUGUUCAUUUGAAGUGGGUAGUGCGCAGCAUGUGCAAUUGUAAAUAUAAUAAGGACUCAUUGUUUAUAUUUAUAUAUAUAUAUGUUAUAUUUUAUUAUUGGAGUUGUUUAUAAAUUUGAUUUAGAAUUCGAUAUUUGGUCGAAAUGUCACGGCGAUGCACAGGUAUAUGAAUAUAAUGAAAUAAUUAACUGUAAAUAGGAUUGAUAAUUACAAUUACAAAUAAUAGGGAUUAUUUGUGAUGAACCCGAUGACAGUACUGCUGCUGCCAGAUGCGCCAUGUAAAUUUUUUCUAAUGAGAGCCUCAUUAUAUACUGUUGAAAUAAUAUUUCGCUUAAGAUUAUAAAAUAAAGAUGGAUAAGAGAUUAAAUUAUAAAAGAUAUUUGUCAAAGAAAGUAUAAUUAAAUUCCAGGAAAUUUCAUUGACCUAGUUCAUAAGUCUGGUAUACAACCGCUUCACUCAGUUUUCAAAAUGAACGAAAAUAAAACUAUGUUCACAAUAUUCAAAAAAAUGUACAAAAUUAAAGUUAUUCAAAUUAUUCUUCAUAAUUAUGAAUCUAAAUAAUGGAUAUAGUAGAAUGUUGCGCGGAAAUGUUUAAAAAUGGUAUGGGACCAAUGAAUUGGCGGUUGUAAUUUUUUGAGCUUUAAACGACGAAUAUUCACUUAUUAUAAAUAAAUGGAAUAAUACUUACUUAACUCGCGACUACAAACUUAGCAUCAGGUGGUGGUUUUAAGAGAUAUUUGUUGAAAUGUGUGAUAUCCCUAUUAUUAACUGAAACAGAAUGAUCUAUUUUUUGUAAUUUAAGUCAAUGUAUGAAAUAUGUAAAUCUGCUAUAAAUACCAAAGUUGAUUGAUGCCUCGCCCUGAUGUUCAGACCAAUGAUUAUUUAGCGCGUUGAAAGGAAAAGAUUUGCGCUCGUUUAUGAUUUGAAUAUGUUAGUGUUGUCUUCCUUUUGUGAAUGUUCAAGCUACGCAUUACCAGGAUAUACUAACUGUUAAUAUUUUAUACAUAAUUUAAAAUACGUUAUUUGGAAAGCUAGUUGUUGGAGAUUGUGAUAGGCAAGCGCCAUGUUACUGUUGCUAGGACGGUUCCUAGACAUUUAUUACUAGUUACUAGCAUUCAUACUUCAUUAUUGUCAAUUACACCCCUCCCAUUAAAUUUUAAAGGAACAAAUUGACAGACAAACAUUAUUUAAUUACACAGAUAUUUUUUGUACAUUAUUGGAGUUUUGAAAUAUCUAUAUAUUAAAAUAAAAAUAUAAUUUC